UCCUAGGAGGUAGUGAAAUUGGUGGAAGGGUCAUCAUUCAGAAUAUUUAUGUAACUUCAUUUUUUUGACAAAACUGUAGAAGCUCGCCGUUGUCAAUGGAUUGGAUGAGAUUAUGAAUAAAUAAUGCUGUAAGUAAUAGCAUUGAAAAAGACCACGAUUAUUUUUGUGUAGAUUAAGAGCAGAGUAACUCUCAAAAUUGUGAAGUUCCCGCGGGCUGAUAAAUUAGGACCCCGAAGAUGGGCUCCGGCCAGAGUGCUCGCAGAUUGACCAUUUCGAAUGAAGAAGAAAUCGGGGUGAUCAAAGUAUCGAAUGCGAUUGUUCAGCGUCUCGCGCAACGGGACGGUUCAGGGGCCGGCGAAUCCUUCACGGGCACAAGAGCCGAUUUGCCUAACAAACAUCCAGCACCUCCUAGUGCAGUCCCUACUGCGGCGAAUAAUGCGACAGCUGGACAGCCGACGCCUGGACAGCAACAGCCUGAAUUAACAAUGUCCGCACUUCAAAUACAACAACAAAUGGAAGAAGAAUUGAAGAAGCAAGAUCAAUUCUGGCAGAGGCGAUUGCAGAAUCUAGAAGAUGGUUACCAGCAAAUUAAUUCUAUCUUAGAGGAGGAGUACAAGAAAGCUAUUACUGAAAUAGCUGCAGCUAAGGCUGAGGAAAGAAGUGUCGAUGUCCCGACUACAGUACAACUAUGUCUGGAAGAUAGUAAUAAAGUCAUAAAGUGUUUCCAGGAACAUCCCAAGGAGACUCUCAAAUGUUCAAACUUGGUAGAAGAAUUUGCAAAUUGUCUAAUUGUGCACCAUACACGUGUGAUUGAAUCGCGUUCGUAAUAUGUUGUAUCUACUUACGUGCUUCAUUAUAUACAGAUUACAGCAAGAAUUCAAAGAACAUUUAGUCAACAAAUAAUAAAUUGUAUGAUGUAAGGUAUGUCUUUGAAAGGCUUCUAAUCUCAGCAAAACAUUGUUGAUGGAAAGUAGUAUAAAACAAAAAACACAAGGAGAGAAAUGUAAAAAAUAAAUUAUUUGAAGAAUAUAUAUAUUACAAUUUAUAAUAAAGUGAAAAAUGUUACAUAUGCAAGAUAAAUAUUGUUAAGCAUCGAACAUAAAA